AUGGGGGCCACCCCCUUCCAUCCCUCAAUCCUCAAGGUCCGGCUUCGGAAGAAUUUUGAGUACGACAGGACCAAGGAUCCCCAGGAGCACCUAACAGCUUUUGAAGCAAGGAUGAACUUGGAAGGAGUAGGCAAUGCAGUCAGAUGCCGAGCAUUCCCGGUGAUGCUGGCCAGCCCGGCAAUCCGAUGGUUCAACGCCCUCCCACAAGGGUGCGUUACGACCUUCGCGAACAUAUCCCAAAGCUUUCUGGCUCGAUUCACGACACGCAUAACCAAGGCAAAGCACCCAAUUAACUUGCUGGGGGUCACCCAGAAACCAGGGAAACCAACCAAAAAGUUUCUGGACAGGUUUAACGACAAAUGCUUGGAAAUCGACGGCCUCACGGACUCAGUCGCUAGUUUUUGCUUAACAAACGGCCUGCUAAACGAGGACUUUAGGAAGUACCUCACAACUAAGCCUGUAUGGACUAUGCAGGAAAUUCAAAGCGUGGCCAAAGAAUACAUAAACGAUGAAGAGGUCAGUCAGGUUGUAGUAGCCAAUAAGCGGCAGCUCCCUAACCCCCCAACUCGGCAGGCUCCCCAGGUCGAUAGAUAUAAGGAGACCCUCAGGGACGGAACCCCAGCCAAGCAACACAAACAGCCCCCACGGGUGGGAAGACUUACAAACUACACGCCACUCACGGCGCCCAUAGUGAAAGUUUACUAG